AUGCUUCAACCACCGCAUCUCUUCCUACUGUUGGCGUUGAGCAUCCUUGGUGCGCAGUAUGCUACAGGGCUAGUCACACCUUCACUUGCUUCCGCCCCCAGGAAUGGCACCACGGUCACCGAUGCUCUGGUGCAGGAGUUUGGGGCCCAUGACGACAGUCUUGUGUUCCAAGGAACCCCCCGGUACAACAAGCUAAACGGCGAUUACCUGUCCACGUUCAACAGUGAACUCGAGCCUGUCCUCAUCUUCCUGCCGAGCACCUCUGCAGAUGUCGCAAAGUUCGUCAAAUGUGUCGAGCCCUUCGUCACACUAGGCCUUGCCUACAUUGCUAUUCGAGGAGGGGGUCAGCAGCCCACUCCAGCCUGCAACAAUGUGGCCCAAGGUGUCACGGUUGAUCUGCGUAACAUGGCGGGCAUCACUGUCGAUGCCACAGCCAAUUCCGUGACCUUGGAGGCUGGUGUCAGAUGGGGCACUGUCUAUCAGACAUUGCAGCCGCUCGGCCUCGGUGUGGCCGGCGGACGCACCAACACGAACGGUGUUGGCGGUCAGGUACUUUCUGGUGGUCUCUCUUUCUUCUCUUCCCGGGAAGGCUUCAUCACAGACAAUGUCAUCAGCUUUGAGGUUGUCUUGGCCUCGGGCCAGGUCGUUACCGCAGACCCCACGACAAACGCCGAUUUAUACAAGGCUAUGCGUGGCGGAGGCAACAACUUCGGCAUUAUGACUAAAAUUACAAUGCGCACAUUCCAACAAGGCUGCUUUUAUGGGGGGACCGUUUUCUAUCCUCCUCAGAGCUUCCCGAGUCAAGUUGAUGCCAUCGUCAACGAGCUUAACUCCCCGACUACCUCCGAGACGAAUCUGGUGAUAAGCGUCGCAUACUCCAAGCGGUUUGAGGCCUUUGGGGGAACCGUAGGCCUUAACCAAGUCUACUAUACCGCGCCAACGGCGGAGCCGCCUCAGGUCCUGAAGCCCUUCACCGAUGUGCAACCACAGUUCGACGUACUGAACUCUAUGCGCAACAUGACACUCGUUGAUGCUGCCAAUGAGCUGACUCCGAACACAAAGCAUCAAAGGGUUGCAUAUAUGAACCUGCACGUCAAGAUGGAUAGUGAUACCUUAAAGUCCGCUUCAGACAUCUACCUUGCAGGUAUUCAGCCUCUCCUUGAUGUCCAAAACAUCACAUCAUCAUUCACUCUCCAGCCGUAUGCCGAAUCCCUCCUCGAGAAGACAUCGAACAACGGUGGGAAUGUGCUUGGACUGGACCCGAACCAUGGUCCCAUCAUGUCUGUACUCCUUUUGACCUGGUGGGAUAACCCUAGUGAUGACCACCUCGUGGUUGGCACAGUCAAGUCAGUCCUUGAGCAAAUCAAGAGUGAUGCAUCAGCACGAGGAACAUUGGUUCCCUUCAUACACAUGAACUCUGCGUUCGAUGACCAAGACGUCAUUGACUCUUAUGGCAGCGACAACAAGAAGUUUCUACAGACCGUAAGUAUGAAGUAUGAUAGCCGUGGCCUUUUCCAAAGGGGUGUGCCGGGAGGAUGGAAGCUGUUUGUUUGA